AUGCCGGACAGGACGAGGAGGCAGGAUUUAGGCGGUGUCUUUGCUCGGUGAGGUGCGAGUCACCGCCCUGAAAAAGUCUUUACAAAAAUGGCUUGAAAUUUGGAACCCUCUUAGUCGAAACGUGUCGGACAGUGAGAGACAAUGAGUUCAAUGAGUGCCCUGCACUGAUCUUAACUGGUAUAUGAUGAGAGAAUUUGCUUUAAAUGUGAUGGGUGACGUCCCGCUUGCUUUAUUGAGUGUUUUUUGUUGUUGUUGUUGCCUCGUUCUUGACGUGCGAGAUGUUUGCUGGAAUUUCCUGGCCCGCGUGUGGGAAGAAUUGAACGGAAGGAAACGUCGCUGGCGGACUUUUUCCUGCCGCCUUUACAGCAGCGGCCGAUACGCCUCCCUUCCCGGCAGAAAACGAGAGAUGUCCGAGCCGACUAGAAUAAUAUGGACACGCUUCAGCUUCUACUUCUCCUCAUCGGGACCGCUUUCGUCACACCCGCCGAUCAAACUUGGACCUGGGCUGUUUCUGAAACGACGUGGUCAUCGGCGACGGGGCACCCGAGCGCGGGCCCGGCCCGGACGUGGCGGUCGGGCUUUGGGGACGCGCGGCUCCGCCUCGGGUCGGAGACGGCGCCGAGCGCCUCCGCAAAUCCAGAAAAUACCGGCGUCCUCGCUGCGACCUCCGCUUUCGUCUCUACUCCCGACUCGGCUUCUUCCCGAACUCGCGCCUCCGCUACGGCUGCCGCUCGUGCUUCCGCUCGACCCGCCUCCCCUAAUGCUAGCGCUUUGGCCUCGCGUCUCACCGUCCGCACCGCCGGUCCGACCGCCAUAGACGGCGCCGUGACCGCUUCGGUUCUGGCGUCUGCCUCUUCCGGCGGCACGCCCUCAUCCUCUGCCACUGGUACAAACUCUGUUUCUCUGAAUUCUGCUCACGCCAACCCUCCCGCCUCACCUUUAACAUCAACUUCUGGCACCGGAGCUGCCUACCAAAUCGCUACCGUGACUGCCACCGCUUCUGUUAAAGGGCUCACUGUUCCUGCCGGCAGUCCAGCCUCCCAAAACAGUUCUGUGAAUGCGCCCGCUCCGUUUCUUGCUCCGUUUUCUGCUCCAUCUUCCACUCCGACUUCUGCUCUGUCCUCCGCUCCAUCUUCCGCGUCUUCAUCCGCUCUGACCUACGCUGCAUCCUCUGCUCCAUCUUCCACUCCUUUCCCCGAGCUGACCUCCACCGCACCCUCUGCUCCGCCCUUCGGUCCGGCCUCCGGUCCGUCUUCCGCUCGUUCCCCUGCUCCGUCUUCCGUUCCUUCCUCCAAGCUGACCUCCACUGCAUCCUCCUCUCUGGCCUCUGCUCCAUCUUCCAGUCCGUCCUCAGCUCCAUCUUCUGGUCUGCCAUCGUCUGGUCUGUUCUCCGCUCCAUCCUCUGGUCCUUCCGCCGUUCUGACCUCCGCUGCAUCCUCCGUUCCGGCUUCCAGUCCGUUUACCGUUCCCUCUCCUGCUCCGUCCUCUGCUGUGUUCUCUGCUCCAGCCUCUGCUUCCGCUGCUUCCAGCAGCACGCCCUCCUCCACGCCCGCCUCCCUUGCCAGCAGCACUUCCAUCCGUGUUCUGGAGUCCACUCCCGCUGCCCCUCGGAUCUCGGAUUCUGCCACGGGUCCGGAGUCCCAAAACAACACGAUGGCUCACACGAGUUUUGACAUUUCCGCAACCGGAGCUCCUUACCGGAUCCGUAGCGCGACUGCCUCCACCGCCAAAAGCCUCGGAGGCCCCGCCGCUGGUCUCGCUUCCACUCGGGCCUCUGCUCAUGCCAUUUCCAGCGGCGCGCCCUCCUCCGCUCCCGCUUCCUUUGCCACCGACACUUCCAGCAGCGCUCUGGAGUCCACUCCGUUUUUCACUCCCAGAUCCCCUUUGUUCUCUACGUCCGCCCCCGGUAACGUCUCUCCGAACGGCCCGUGGACCGUGUCCGUUUCGGCCUCCGGUCACGCCGCUUCCACGGGCGCCCCUGCCUCUGUUUCGACCUCCCUGGCCACCGGCUCCCCCGCCAUCGCCCUCGGCUCCGCGCCGUCGUCCGUUCCCGCCCCCGUUCUUCCCACCUCCGCUCGCGCGGCGACGUCCACGAUGGCCCUGACAACGAGCCGGCUCGCAACAACUCCGUCGCGGUCUGACUUGCCGAGUCAUCCCCGCUGCUCGCCGACCUUUGGUCAGAUGAAGGCGGGCGCGACUUGGGUGCUCCUGACGUUCAGCUCGCACCCCCGGUGCCGCAACUUCACGGCGAGGGCGGCGGCCGUAAGGGGCGGAGACAUCAGCACGAGCAACUGUGGUCCCAACUCGACUUGCUCCAUCGCGGGACUGCGGCCGGGAACCGCGUACCGCAUCGCCGUCACCUCGGCCCGAGAUGGCGCGGUAGGAUACGCGGAGGCCCGAACGGUUCCCGCCGCGGUAUCGGCGCUGUCCGCAGCGUCGCUUCCCGACGGCGCCGGGUUGCGUCUCACCUGGACUUCCCCCGCCGGCGACUGGGACAAGUACAGCGUGCUGCUGCGGAACGGGUCGGCCGUUCUGGCCAACGAAAGCAUCGGCGCUCUGAGUCGGAGCUACGAGUUCCCCGCCGACGUGACGGGUUUAGUGCCGGGUCACGCGUACGGCGCCGAGGUCACGGUGCACAGUGGCGGGCUCGCCGCGACGGCACGCUGCCGAGGACGACUGGCCCCCGGGCCCGUCCGGCAGCUUCGUGUCCAUCACGCCGACGAGUCCUCCGUCCGUGUCCUGUGGCGGCCUCCUUUGGGCGAGUGGGACGGCUUUGCGGCGACGGUCCGGGCGGCCGGGUCCGACUCGACGGCGGCUCGGAACCUCCUCCCCCGCGAGGCCUCGGGGUGCGCCUUCGGCCGCCUCGCUUCAGGGCGUCUGUACACGAUCACGGUGAUAACCAGGAGCGGCGAUCAGAAUAGCUCCUCUUCCGUCGACGUGUGGACCGCGCCGUCUCAGGUCGGCGGACUGCGCCUGUCUAAUUGGGGAAGCACCGAGAGCCUCCUGGCCGAGUGGGAGCGGGCCGGCGGGGGCGCCGACUCGUACGAGGUCCUGCUGGUCCACGAGGGCAGCGUUAUUAAGAACCGGAGCCUGCCGGCGAACGCCACGAGCUGGAGCUUCGGCGACCUGAGGCCCGGCGCCUCUUACAAGGCGGUGGUGACGACGGUCCGAGCGGGACGCCGGUCCAGACAGGCGGUCGCCGAAGGACGCACCGUACCCGCUGCCGUCAGUCAGAUCAGCGUCAGUAACAACGGCCGCACGGAUUUCCUUAGCGUGUCGUGGCGACCGGCUCCGGGGCAGGUGGACAGUUACCUUUUGGCCCUGAGGGACAGAAACAAGAUCCUUCACACGCUGGCGGUCUCCGAAUCCAGUCACCAGUGUUUUUUUAGCUCCUUGGUGUCCGGACGCCUCUACAACAUCACCGUCAGCGCUCGCAGCGGGACCUUCCAGAACGACACCUCCGUACUCGGGAGGACACAACCCUCCAAAGUACAGAACCCUACGGCUACCCACGGCGCCCGAGACGACUCCCUCAAGGUGUAUUGGCGUCCCGCCUCGGGAGACUUUGACCUGUACCGCGUGUCCAUCCGUCACAACGACGCCACGCCACGGAAUCAGACCGUGUCCCGGACCCGCAACGAGUGCGUCUUUGACGGCUUGGUACCGGGUCGACUCUACGCGGUGGUGGUCAGUACCUGGAGCGGCGAGUACGAGGCCGGCGCCUCCACCCACGGCCGCACUCUUCCGGCGGCGGUGCGUUCCUUGCGGGUCGCCCGUCGGACCUCGAGGGAGCUUUUGGUGGCGUGGGAGGCGGCCCCGGGCGACGUGGACCACCACGAGGUGCGGCUGCUCUUCAACGACGCCAAGGUGUUUCCGCCGCUCACGCUGGGCGGCGCCGUGAACGAGUGCCUGGUGACCUCGCUCACGCCCGGACGGCUCUACAAGGUCUUGGUGUCCACCUUCAGCGGACCCGACCAGAGGACGCAGUUCAUCGAAGGGCGCACAAUUCCCAGCAAGGUGGAGAACCUCCAGGUGAGGAACGGCGGAGACGGCAGCAGUUUGACAGUGAGCUGGACGCCCGGCCUCGGUGACGUGGACGGAUUCGCGGUGGUCCUGUACGGACAGAACCGGCAGCUGGACGCGCGCUCCGUUCCCAAACAUCAGAAUCAGGUGUUCUUCGGCUCGCUCCGGCCAGGCCAGCUGUACAGCGUGGAGGUUCAGGCGCUCAGCGGCGACCUUUCUAACAACCAAACGGCCAGCGGACGCACAGUCCCGUCUGCGGUGACGGAGCUUCGGCUGGAGAACCCGCAGGAUUCUGGCGGCCUGCGAGCCAGCUGGCGGGAAGCGGCGGGCGUGCGCGACGGCUACUUUCUGCAACUUCUCGACGAGCGGGGCAGCGUCGUCGCCGAGGCCUCGCUCGCCGCCGAGCUGGCGGGCCACACCUUUGACGGUCUCACCCCGGGAAGGCGCUACGACGUCCUAGUCAAGACAACUAGCGGGGGAGUCCAGAGCGGCGGGGUCAGCGCCCGAGCUCGCACACGUCCGGCGCCCGCCACCCAGCUGUCGCUGAAAAGCAACGACAGCACCAGUCUGUCCCUGCGCUGGUCUCGGCCGACCGGCGACUUAGACUCCUACGACAUCCUAUUGCGCGGCGAUGACGGGGUUCUGCGCGAGCGCCGCCGGGCCGCGUCGUCCGCCCUGGACUGUUCCUUUCGAGGACUCGCGCCCGGUUCUGCGUACCAAGUGGCGGUGGUCACACGCAGCGGACAGAUGACCGAACAGACCAGCAUUUGGGUCAACACGGUUCCGUCCGCCGUCACCUCCCUGCGGGCCGAGAGCGGCCGCGACUGCGACCGGCUGCGGGUGUCGUGGCGACGGGGCGAGGGCGGCGUGACCGGCUACAGGGUGUCGCUGUCCGCCCCCGACGGGUCGCCACGGGCGCAGGAGAGGCUGGGUUCGGAGGCCGUCGAGAUGCUUUUCGGCGGCCUGACGCCGGGCCGGCUUUACCGAGUGGAUGUCCUGAGCCUCAGCGGCGAUCUGGCCAACGGCGCCAGCGUGCACGCCAGGACGGCUCCCAGACCUCCGAGCUCCAUCCUGUUCGGAGGGGUGACCAACACCACGCUGGAGGUCACCUGGACCCCACCGGCGGACUGCGACCUGGACGACUUCGACGUGCGCUGGACGCCGCCCGACCGCGGUUUUGUGGUCAACCCCUACGAGAGCGGCGCGUCCGGCGGCCGGAUCCUGAGAGGCCUCUUCCCCGGGCGCCUCUACAACGUCAGCCUGCGCACCGUCAGCUCCGGCGGCGAGGCUCCGCCCUCCUACAGCCUUCCAGUCUGGCGUAGCGUCCGCACCAAGCCGUCCCCCGUGACGGGCCUCCGCUGCCGCCCUCGGAGCUCCUCGUCCGUCUCCUGCUCCUGGGCGCCCCCGGAAGCCGACUUUGACUCCUACGCUAUCGAGUGCGUGCGUGAGGACACGCGGACGCCGGCGUACUCGAGGCGCGCCGACCGGGGGCGGGCCGAGCACGUCGUGGGCCCGCUGGAGCCUCACAAACGCUACGCCGUGUCGGUCAAAGUCAUGUCGGACGCCAGCGCCAGCGAGGCCGCGCGGGACAGCGUGCUCACCAUGAUCGACCGUCCUCCGGCACCCCAGAGGCGAGUGGACGCCGCGUCGGCGCUGGCGACCGAGUCGUCCAUCUUGUUCCGCUUUAACCGCAGCUGGUUCAGCGACGUCAACGGCGCCGUCAGGUUCUUCAGCGUCGUGGUCACCGAGUCCAAAGGCGAGGACAGCGUUUUGCCGGAGCGGCGCCACCCUCUGCCCUCCUACACCGACUACGCGUCCAACGUGUCCGUCCGGUCCUACCAGACGUCUCUGUUUGCCGCCGAAAGCUGCGGUGACGACAUCACGGUGGGGGCGGGGGCGGAGGCCCUGGGAGGGUCCUGCCGCGACGGGCCGGGCUUCUGCGACGGACCCCUCAAAGCCGGCACCGCUUACAGGCUGAGUGUCCGAGCCUUCACGCGGGCGUUCGACGGCGAAUCUCCGCCUCUGUACGCCGACACCGUCCUGUCUCUGCCCGUGCGAACGGCACCAGAGCCCGUCGCCGCCGGUGUCGCGGAAGGGAUCGCCGCGGCCAUUUUGGCGACGCUGGCCGCAGCGGCGGUGGCGGCGCUGAUCGUCCACAGGCGGAAGGCACGACGCAAAAGUCUGCAGGAGAGCAUGUCGGUCAGCAUGCGCGUGAGGAAAGAGCGAGCUUCGCCCAGAGGGGUCAGAGGGAAACGCCACCACGCAAGCAGCCCCAUCAAGGCGGACGACUUCGAACGCCACUUUGAGAAACUCCGAGCCGACGCCCACUUCCUGCUUUCCGAGCAGUACGAGAGCCUGAAAGACGCGGGACGCGAGCAAACGACCGAGGCGGCGCUUCUGCCGGAGAACCGCGGGAAAAACCGUUACAACAACAUCCUGCCCUACGACGCGACGAGAGUCAAGCUGGCCUACGUGGAUGACGACUUGUGCUCGGACUACAUCAACGCCAGUUACAUUCCCGGCGAGCAUUUCCGCCGUGAGUACAUCGCCACCCAGGGGCCGCUGCCGGGAACUAAGGACGAUUUCUGGAAGAUGGCCUGGGAGCAAAACGUCCACAAUAUCGUCAUGCUCACGCAGUGUGUGGAGAAAGGACGGGUCAAAUGCGACCGCUACUGGCCGGCGGACCAGGAUCCCCUUUACUACGGCGACCUGAUCGUCCAGAUGACGUCUGAGUCGGCACUUCCCGAGUGGACCAUCCGAGAGUUCCGCAUCUGCAGCGAGGACGAUCCUCGGCGGGUGCGUCUGGUCCGUCAUUUCCACUUCACCGUGUGGCCCGAUCACGGCGUUCCCGACAGCACCCGCUCGCUGGUUCACUUUGUCAGAACCGUCAGAGACUUUGUCGCCAGGAGUCCGGCCGGCGGACCCACCGUCGUCCACUGCAGCGCCGGCGUGGGACGCACGGGCACCUUCGUGGCGCUGGACCGGCUCCUGCAACAGUCGGACACGACGGACACGCUGGACAUUUACGGCUGCGUCUGGCAACUGCGCCUGCACCGUUCGCACAUGCUGCAGACUGAGCGUCAGUACGCGUUUCUUCAUCAAUGCAUCAGCGACGUGCUGCGAGCCAGGAACUUGAUUGUGUACCAAAACCUCGGCGCCGGUCAGACGCCUUGUGUGCGACCUUAACAUCCGAAGACGAUCCUGACCUACAGAUGACGUCACGGAAAUGAGACGUCUGCUGGAAGUGUUCUUUGGGAUGUGACACCUCGACGCAGGCAUUUGGAUGGAUGAACGCUCUUUUCUUGAGGAAAACUUUUGUUUUGAGCAAAUCUAUUAGUAUGAAAGCUGUUCGUGCUCGCGCAGUCGAGAGCGCAUUAUUAUGAUGAUGGUUAUCAAUUGAAAGUAUAUUAAAAAACAUAAUCAAACCAAAACAAUAAGUCUCGGUGUUCUUCUUGGAGA